UCUCCCAUAUCUGAUUUCUUGCUUCAUAAUAGUUGUUUCCUUCUUAAGACAAUGGCACUGAGUGGUAAGCUUAGUACUGAAAUUGUGAUACAUGCACCUGCUGGAAAGUUCUUUAAUCUUGUAACAAAAUCUCUCCACGAUGUUCAAAAUAUUUGUGAAAGAGUGCAUCACACCAAGCUGCAUCAGGGUGAGGAUUGGCACAGCAUUGGCGGUUCAGUUAAACACUGGACUUAUGUUAUAGAUGGUAAAGUAAUUACAUGCAAGGAGACAAUUGAAUCCAUUGAUGAGAAGAACAAGACAAUCAAAUUCAAUCUCUUUGAUGGAGACAUAAGUCAACAGUAUAAAGUCUUUAAGCUCAGCAUUCAAGAGAUUGAUAACAGCAAUGGAAGUGUUUCAGCUAAAUGGACACUUGAAUAUGAGAAAAUUAGUGAUAAUGUCAAAGCUCCUUAUGGUUACUUGGAAUUUUAUGACAAAAUUUUUAAAGAGAUGGAUGCUCAUCUUCUCAAGGCAUAAUAAUUACUAAAAGAAAAUUAGAAACACGUUAUAUGCAUGGUUGGAAUUUAAUAAGGGAUAGGUUUU